UGAAAAGAUUCAAAAUGAAGCAGAUUAAAGUUGGAGUGUUAUUUUUACUACCGAGUUGUUCUUUCAUCAUUCUAUUACUAUACUACUGGCACCACUCUUAUUUAGGUUUUCGCCAAUCUCCGUCGAUUACUGCCCAGCCUCUAACCUCUACCCGACAUCACAAAGUUGUUCCCAUGAAACAUAUAAAUCUUGACGAGUUAUAUAAAGACAACAAAGAACCAGAAGACAACUUUUUAAAUGAAUACAGAACCGUGUACUCUAUAAACACGCCAGGGUGCCAAAUUCCAUUCAAUAUGAUAAAUUACAGGAAGCAAAUCGAAUAUGAGAAAAAACAUAAGCAGAAACGAUCUGACUGCGGUAAACGAGCGGUUCACAUAAAGAAAAUUGACGGGGAUCGUGUACGAGCGACGGUCAACCCAUUGGUAAUGAAAAAAUAUCUAAGGAAAAGCGCUCGUUAUGAUUGCUGUUACAGAUUUCUACAGCCCCGCCCUGGUCACGAAAAUACCAAAAUUAAGUAUACGCUAUGUGUGAAAUUUAGCUCCGGUGCCACAAUUGUUCUUCAAACUGAUUUCAUAAACGUGAGAUGUGUUGAAUACGAUGUCAGAAACAAGACACAUCCGGUAUAUGAUGAUGUUUUCGCCUUCGCCAAGAAGAUCAAUACGACACACAACCAGCAACCUUGUAAUAACAGCUACAAUGUACUGAUUUUGGGCAUGGACUCUAUGUCUUUGCCGCGGAUUGUGCAGACGAUGCCAAGAACUACGGAUUACCUUCACAAGAACUUUUGGUUUUGCUUCCGUGGUUAUCAUAAGGUGGGUGAUAAUACGUUUCCCAACGUAAUGGCAACAUUGACUGGCCAGAGCAUGCCAGUCAUAUCCCCAGAAUGUCAAGAUCAUAUGGACCAGUGUAACAAAAUUUUAAUGUGGAGUAAAUUCAAGGAUAUCGGAUACGUCACAGCGUACGGAGAAGACUUCUUGCGUUUACCUGACACUUUCAGUAAGCGCUAUGCGUUUCAUAAACCUCCGACCGACCACUAUAUAAGGCCAUUAUUUAUCAAGGGAGAAAAGGAGUUGAAUAAUAAAUCGCUAGUAUGUACAGGAAAGAUAUCCGCUGGCCAGCAGCUUUUGGAUUACGCUGCUGAUUUUGUGACAACAUAUCGAAAUGAUCGCUUCUUUGGAUUUUUUUGGAUGAACUCAUUCAGCCACAACACGAAUAGUCGUCCUCAGGAUGCAGACAAACUACUGGAGAAUUUCUUUAACAAAAUAACGUAUACUGGUAUUCUUGAAAAUACGUUCGUCAUUUUUUACAGCGACCACGGCAUUAGAUUCGGACCACAUCGAUUUGAAUUAGAAUCGUACUACGAUGAGCGGUUGCCUUCCUUUUUUAUGCGACCGCCGACAAUGUUCAAAUCCCGGCGAUGGAAAGAAUAUCAGGCACUUGCGGAUAAUCAAUUUAAAUUAGUGACUCCCUACGACCUGUUCAACACGUUAAUGAAUAUAAAGGAGUUGUCUGGAUGCAAGAGUAUUUCCGACGUGAGCGUUUCGCGCGGCUGUCCGAAUUGCCACAGUCUGUUCAUGCCAGUUAAAACUUCACGCACAUGCCGCGACGCUGCCAUUCAUGAUAAGUGGUGUAGUUGUCACCAAUUGUAUCCCCUAGAUAAUAACGACGUUCAAGGUAUCAAGAGCGUGCUACUAGCGAUCUCUCAUAUCAAAACUUUAAUUAAAUCUAUAAAAACAAAACAUUGCUGGCAGUGCCUGGACGUGUCGCUUAAAAACGUCAUUAGAAUACAUUUCUAUUACGAUGGUAGUAAAGAUAAUAUCUAUUAUGUGGUUGCAUUCACUACGACGCCAGGUAACAUGUCUUAUGAAGCUGUCGUGAACAAAUCGCAAUUAAUCGGAUCUCUGAGCGUUAUAUCGCCGUACAGAGGUCUAGGAAUCUGCACAACAGACAGUCGAGAACUUGCAAAAGCGCGAUUGUAUUGUAUAUGCCAAAAAAUUAAAAAUUGCACUUAAUAAUUGUGAUAUUUUACUUAUAUUAGAACCUUUUGAUCAAUGAAGUUAUCUGUAUAUACUGCAGGA